AUGUUACGUGCCGGCAGGAUAACGUGCAUGCCAGCAACUCUGGCCAUGCUCCUCUUUGUCUGUCUCUGCCUCUCCGCCUCACUUGCCACCAGCGAGGCGCGCUGGACAGUUCGCCCCCGUCCGCGUCCCCAGCGCACAACAACGCCACGCACAAGUCGGAGAAGAACCACAACAAUUACUACAGAGGCAGCAACAACAACAGCAGCGCAGGAUGAAAGACUUGUGCAUCAUCAUCAUUGGCCAGGUGUCCUGCCGACCACGGCGAGCUUACCGCCUGCGCGACCGACGCCGCCUUCAUCCGCCGAGCCAGCCAAGCUCAUCGAACACUCCGAUCAACGCGCCUUGGACGGCCACUACGAGUUCAGAUAUCAGCUUGACAAUGGGGACACACGCUAUGAGCGCGCCUACUGGUUGCCGGUGGGAAAAAACUGGGUACUGGCCCGGAAGGGUUACUAUUCGGUGCCGCUGCCGAAUAGUAAGUAUGCCACAACCUUCUAUACGGCCGAUCAUCAGGGCUAUCGUGUGGACCAAUACACAUUAUCCGCCGCACAGCCCGUGCUGCCACGCACGCUCCAUGUGCCCGACAAUUUAGCACAUUUGAGCUUUACGGUAACCAGAUCAAAACCCAAUCUCAAGCCACUCCCAAAACAUGGAUACGUCUCCAUAAAGCUUAUAUUGGAUGGAAUUUUGUUGGGUCGGGAGAAUUAUGUCCGCGUUUAA